AUAAGAAAUCCGAUAAUCCAGAUCCUUUUUAGCCCAAGUGUAACACCCAUGAAAAACUCCGACCGAAAUUACCAAACCCCGACCACAGCAGGUGCGACGACAGCUUCAUUCCGGUGGGAGUCACGUGCGGAACCCACUAGCAGACACCGGCACAUUAUCACAAGAGAGCGGAGAGAAAUGGAACACAGAAACAGAAAAAAAAGUAGCCUCUUGAAACCCUAACACCAGUCGUCCCCGUUCUUACUGACAUAGUUCUUACAAUUAAUUCUGGCUUAUUUCCAGUCUUUGUUUUAAGCCUAUUGAGGUUGUGCGUGGAUAAGGAGAAAGCAAAUGGACAAAUGGCUGGAUUUGGAUUUCUUUUUGUUUAAAGUACACACAUUUACUUUGGCUGAUUAAGUUCAUGAAUGGGAUUAAAGCUGGUUUUGGGGUGAAUUUGUAAUUCCCAUAAAGAAGGUGAAAUUUCAAUAACUUGUCUAAGAUUUGGUUGAGGAUUCUUUGCUCUUCCAAAUAUUUAUGUAUAAAAGUAAAAGCUCAAAAAGUUAAAAUUUACCAUAUAAAUAAAAACAUUAAGAAUUUGGAUAAAAAAAUGUGGCUGUCCAUAUUUAUUUUGGAAUCUUACGAUUUUAUCGCCUUUGAAUUGAACCAAUAAGGUGAGUGCUGAAUUGGUGCUUGCAUAUUAAUGAAGCAACAUAGUAAUGCUGGAAGAAUAUGGAUAUGUAACCUAUAAACUUAUCUUGGUGACCGAAAAAAAAAAGGUUUGCCUCGUUUCUGCUUAUUACAAAGAGGAUUAGUUCUGUAGAUAAUUUGUGUUGUAAAGGUCAUUUACUCUGUAGAUAAGCUUAACUAUCAAUUUUUGAAGAUCAGAUUGGGAAAUUGAAGAGAUUCAUUUUUGAAAAAAAUUAUAUACAUGUAUUUAGGCUGUCAUUAGUCUAUCUGGUAUUUAGUAUAAUAUCUCAUAUGACUUGCUUGUGUACUUUUCCACAUUGCUUCCUUGUAGAGUAACAAGAUAUGGGGAAGCUUUAUUAAUAAGCAUGCUGAUACGUGUCUCAUCAGGAUACCGUGAAGUGUCAGUUUGGGAAGCAUUGAUAAAGAGUUUAUAAAAUAAUAGAUUGAAACUGUUGAGGAAGAGGCAUACAUUCUUAAUAUUAUUUCUCCCUUGUUUUUGAAAUGAUAGGUCCAAGGUUCAUUUUUUGAUACAUUUCAAAAAAAAAAAAAAGCUCUGACAGUCAUUAUCAGAUGUCAGAAGGCAGUAUGGCUGUUGUGAAACCUGAGAUGAAAUCUUACAUUUGGCUCCAAACUGCCGAUGGUUCAAUUCAACAAGUAGAAGAAGAGGUUGCAAUGUUUUGCCCCAUGAUAUGUCAAGAAAUUCUUCAAACUGGCAUGGGCUCUUCAAAAAACUAUGCUAUAUCACUUCCUCAACGUGUGAAUCCAGCUACAUUGGGCUUAAUACUCGAUUAUUGCCGGUUUCAUCAAGUACCAGGUCACUCCAAUAAGGAGCGCAAAACUUUUGAUGAAAAAUUUAUUCGAAUUGAUACAAAAAAAUUAUGUGAGUUGACAUCUGCUGCUGACAGCCUUCAGUUAAAGCCUUUGGUUGAUCUUACUAGUCGUGCACUUGCUCGAAUUAUUGAAGGGAAAACUCCGGAGGAGAUACGUGAGACCUUUCAUUUACCUGAUGAUCUGACUGAGGAAGAGAAGUUGGAGCCCCUAAGAAACAUCACUGAUGAUCCACGCAUCCGGCUUUUAAAUCGAUUGUAUGCGAGAAAGAGGAAGGAAUUGGAAGAGCGAGAGAAACUGAAGAAUGUUGAGGUUGAAGAGGAGCAUGUGGAUGAACGCUCAGUUGACGAUCUCUUGUCAUUUAUAAAUGGUGCAGAUGGAGAUUCAAAAGCUAGAAGUAGUAAGACCAAAAAAAAGAACCGUAGAAGAAAAGACCAAUCAAAGGAAUCUUCCUCAAACAAUUUAAAUGAGAACCAUAAGAAGGAGAUGGACACUUGCUCUUCUGCUUCCCAGAAUGGGGAGGUUAAAGGUGUUUUCAUUGCCUCCCCCGCUAAAAUUUCAAAAUUGCAAGAAUCUAUGUCUGCCACGCAUUCACCUAAGCCUGAAUUUGAUGAUAUGGACAUUGAUGAUGAUUUAGAUCCUGCAAUGAAGGAGGAACUUGAUAGGGAAGUUGAGGACUUUGCUCGUAGAUUAAAUUCAGAUUGGCCGGAGAGAAUGCAGGAAAUACUUUCCCGAGGCCAAGAAAGAAGGCUGGUAUCGUUAUCAGUGAACGGGAAUGGCUCUUUAUGUAAAUAUUCAGGUAACUUUGUUCCAAGGUUUCAUCUUUUCUCAUUGUGCUCUCCUUAGGGUCUUGUCUUUGUCCACCACCUGUUUACUUGUAUGAUUGGGAUAAUGAGGUUGAGGGGAUAAGAGAUGCUUGGAUUUAGUUAGAUGAUGUCAAAAAUCACCGUGUUGGUUAGAUGUGCAGACAGUUAUACAUGAGGAGAUAGUGUCCGCAUGCCUGUAUUUGGCCAGAUGAUUCUGAGAAUUUCAAUGGGCUUGGUCAUCUUUUUAUGUGAAGGGGCCUAUCUCCAUUGAUUGGUCGUGUAAAAAUGCAUUUGAUGCAACAUGUGAUGUCUAAACAGGUAUGGAUCAGAGAUAAUAUGAGGGUAACUUCCAUUGCGAGAAGCGUCAGCAACUAGAGUGGUUUGGAGGAGAUGCUGCCUACAAUUUGUUGCUCUCAGAAGAUAGAAGAAUUGACACUGUAAUUUGGUGUGGACUACAUGCGAGUAUUUUUGUAUGUUAGACCAUCACCAAAAGCUACAUUCUUUUCCAAAAAGCCUUUGGAAAAAAUGAAAAUAUAACUCAGAAGAGACAAUUUGAGCACAAUUUGCUCAUUUGUCUUUAUCACGAUCGGUUGUUGCAGUUGUUUGCAGCCAUUCUCAUUAGCGAGCUCCUGUACCCUCUGGAAACUAUUUCUUUCACAAAAUUUUCUCCUUUUUAGAAUAUCAUUCAGUUUUUCCACAUUUACGAAUAGCUUCCUUCUGGCUUGUUUGCAGAGGCCACUAAGCUAUUUGGAGAGAGAGAUUGAGAAUAUUUGAAACUCAGAGUUUAUUUUUUGAGAACCAUUUGUUGAAGAUUUGACAUAAAACUUGCUUUCUGGGAAAACCCGUGGAAGAAAACCUUAAUAGAGGAGGAUUGACACAACAUUGUAAUUUUAUUGUGUGAUUCUUUCGUAUGCUUUAUUCGAGUAAAUACAAUUUUUGCUCUA